AUGGCCGCCGGGGAGAACGAACAGAGUGGCACGGGUGCCAACGGUAGCCAGCCCACAGUAUCACCCUCAUUUGCGGCGAAUCUCAAGGGAAAGACGGGCAUUGUGACUGGGUCUGCCAGAGGGAUCGGCGCCGGGAUCGCUAUCGAGCUGGGCAGACGAGGUGCAAGCGUGGUGGUGAACUACACCAGCGCCACGUCCGAGGCCAAGGCAGCAGCAGUCGUUGCGGAGAUCCAGAAGGCGGGAAGCAAAGCAGUGGCGGUGCAAGGCAGUGUCGUGCACGCCGCAGAUCGCAGCAAGCUUGUCGAUGCGGCGCUCGCGCUGAGCUCCACGGCGCACAUCGACCUGCUGGUGCACAACGCGGCCAAUGGCGACGACCGCUUGCUGGCCAACGUGGACGAGGCCUUCUUCGACGAGCUGGUGUCGGUGAACCUGCGGGGGCCACUUUUUCUCACGCAGGCCGUGGUGCCGCACAUGGCGCGCGGCGGCAGGAUCGUGCUGAUCAGUUCCGCGGCGGCGCGGAUGGGGGUGGCGGAGACGACGGUGUAUGCGGCGACCAAGGCGGGCAAUGAGGCGUUCGCGCGCGUGUGGGCGACGGAGCUGGGCCAGUCGCAGGGCAUCACCGUCAACUGCGUCAAUCCGGGCCCGAUUGCGACGGACGGGUACUACAGCAGCACGCCCGAGUUCAUCGACUCGAUGCAGCCCAUGAUCGAGAGCACGCCGGCGGAAGCGCGCGUCGGCGAGGUGCGAGACAUUGCGCCGCUGGUGAGCUUUUUGUGCUCGGAAGAGAGCCGAUGGGUCACGGGCAGUGUCGUGAGCGGCAGCGGUGGCCUGUUGAUAUUUUGA